AUGUCGUCGACGACGACCACCAAGAGGGCGAGGGUCAUUGUAGCCAUAGGAUCGCUUGGCGCGUCGGUGCUGCCGGACGAGGUGACGACAGAUGUGCUCCUGCGGCUGCCCGUCAAAUCCAUCCUGCGCUUCCGCGCCGUGUGCCGCUCCUGGGCCGCGGCGCUCUCAUCGGAGGAGUUCUGCAGCCUCCACACGGCCAAGGCUGAGGCGGAGGCCAAGGCGGCGCCGCAACCUAAGCUCAUAUUCAUCUCGCCGUCAGCAGCAUACGACUCCACCAGGGUGUACUUGGGCUCGUCAUCAGACUCCAACAAUGGCCCGCUAUUUACUCUCGACGACGUGCGCGGCGACUUUGCGGUCUUAUCGCCUUCGCCGUGCCGCGGCCUCACUCUCCUGCACGAUGCGGUGGUGCCAGCCUAUUACGUGUUCAACGCGGCGACACGGGCGGUCACCCGGCUGCCGCCUUGCCAGCACGCCAUCUUCUCGACUGCCGGCCUCGGGUUUGACGCCAGCACCAAGGAGUACAAGGUCGUGAGGCUAAGGGUGACCUGUGGGAAGCUAGACGAGAAGCGGAAGAUCGGGUGCGAGGUGUAUGUCCUCGGCGGCGAGCAUGGAGAUCGCUGGAGGCCACCUGUUGGAGGCGUGCCAUUCAGGUUCCGCCGCUUUAUUCAGACUGCCAUUAUAACAGCAACAUGGACCCAAGGUAAGUUGCCGCCGAUAUUUGCGGAUGGAUUUCUGCCACCGAUAUUCGCAGACGGAUUUCUGCAUUGGCUUAUUAUGCCAAGAGCUGCCGUAUUAUCAUUUUCUCUCAAAGAUGAGACCUUCGUAUGCGUCCGGUCGCCACCUUUUGAGGAACCACGACCCGAGGUGCACUUGGUGGACCUCGCUGGCCGCUUGUGUAUGGUCCGGGACCUUCGUGCUCAAGACAGUGGUAUGAUGGAGAUCUGGAACUACAGCUCUGAUGAUUGGUCUUUGCUGCAUAGCAUUGAUUUGUCGCGGCAUCUUGAAGGAGAUUCUUUGCUAGGUCCGGUGAUUAUCAGAGCUAUCGGUUGUGUUGGCGACUGUGGACCGACGGAGAAGGUGAUCUUGGCCACUUCCAAAGGCAAGGUGAUCACAUAUGACCUACUGUCUGGAACUCUGGACACCAUUCUUGCAAUACCGGAGACUUCAUUUUAUAAGACCGACGAUGAGCAGUAUGCUCCUAGAUUAAGUUUAUUCAAAGAGAGUCUUGCUCCGGUACACAAAACCGACGAAGAGAUGGCGUUAUCAUCUCCCCUAGCUAAAGUUAUCAAGGAGAUCCUACUCCGACUCCCAGGUGAUUUUGCCACACAGUUCAAACUUGUAAGCAAGCAGUGGCUUAGUUUGAUCGAGAGUGGAAGUUUCAUUCGCUCUUACCAUGCGCAUAACAACAUGGAUUGGGAGCCAAAAGUCAUGCUUGUUGGGAAGGGGCCAGGAGGACUGGGUUUCAGCUUUGCUCCCUCGAAGAAAUUGCUUCGUGAUGGUCCUAGCCAAGGUGCCUGGCUUGAUACAAAGGUGGUUUGCUCUAAGCCUUGCCAUGGUAUGAACCUAAUAAGUACUGAGACCGAGGACUAUUUGUACAAUCCUUCCACAGGUUAUCACCAUAACUACCAUGCAGUAGUGUGGCCACACCAAGUGCGCCGCCGUGUACUCGCAAUGAAGCGUGGCAAUGUAUGUACACUAGAAGACCACGCUUUCGCAGUUGGCAACAAGAAUGUUGGUCUGGGGUUCAAUUUGUUGAAACAGGAGCAUGUUGUCGUAGAGAUUUUCUAUCACUUGAAGGACUUCGAAUCUCGGCAGUAUUUCUUGACAUGCUCAGUCAUUGGACUCACGUCGAUCCAACACAACCUUGAACCGCAUCUGCCUAUAAAUAGCAUGCCACCUGCCUAUGUAGCAGGAGUUUUAUACUGGAUGAGUGAACCAAGGUUGAUGCAGAUUCAUAAGAGGGUCAUUGUAUCAUUUGACGUCACAAAAAUGAUGUUUGAUCUCGUCCCUUGCCCUUCACCCAUCGCAAUGUGGAGUGACACGAGUCCUUGCCAAGCAUUUGUGGUCGAGCUUGAGGGAAUGUUAUGUGCGGUCCUUGCAGAUCCGGUCACAGAAGAAUUAGAUAUUUGGAAGCUGGAGCAUGGAAUCUGGAACAGAGCGUACAAAGUCUAUUUGGAAGGUUGGUCAGGCUAUUCCCUUGCAGCAAACAUUGUGGUGCCGUUGAUUGUCGACCCCAGAGACGGGAGAAUAUUGGUCAACACGGGAAGAAAACUAGGUCUUUAUGAUCCGGCAAGGCGCAUGAUUGAGGACUUGUAUGAUCUUGAUGGGGUGCUGCAGGUCGCAUCUCGAGGGCAAUCUUCACGCCUUGGAAUGAAUCAAGAUGGACACAUUACGGAAGGCGAACAAUCUUUCAAAAAGUGUGUGGUUUCUUUGCAUGGAGAAAAUCCACUGGACAGUAAAAUCUUGCCGUUGGUCCCUUUGUUAUAUGAGGAGAGUCUGGCAAGUUAUCCUCCUACGCAGAGUUCAUGGGGUUUGCAGCAGUUAAAUCUUCGUUAG